CUCGCGGGGUUCGUCGCUACUGCCGCCGGAGGGGAGAUGCUGCGGCUGCCGGGAGCCGCCUUCGGGCUCUGACUCGCCGGGACUGCCGGGCAAGGCGCGGCCACCGAGCUCGGCCGGGGUAAGGCUCGGGAGAGACUCAUGAGCACCGCCUUGCCCGCGCCCGGGCGUCGCCGCCCUUCUCCUUCCCAGCGCCGGUAGCCGGGCGGGCGGGCGGCAUGUCGUCGACGUGGCUGAGCUGCCGGCUGGCGCUGCGCUUGGGCUCGGUGGGCCCGGCCGGCUCCUCAGCGCGGCCGUCGCGCCUCGGCGGGUGCCGCUGCCUCCUCCUCCGCCGGCGCCUGAGCGCCCUCCGACGCGCCCCCCGGCCCGGGGACGGACUGUGGCUCCCGCACGCGGCCUCCUGCUCGGGCUCCCCGCGGCCGCUGGGCACGCACCCCAGGAAGGAGCCGAUGGAGGCGCUCAACACGGCGCAGGGCGCGCGCGACUUCAUCUACAGCCUGCACUCGACGGAGCGGAGCUGCCUGCUGCGAGAGCUGCACCGCUUCGAGUCCAUCGCCAUCGCGCAAGAGAAGUUGGAGGUUGCACCACCAUCCACUGGACAACUGAAACAUGUGUUCUUCCACAAUGCAGUACCUUUUGUAGGCUUUGGAUUUUUUGAUAAUGCAAUUAUGAUUGCUGCGGGCACACAGAUAGAGUUAUCAAUAGGGAUUGUGCUUGGAAUUUCUACCAUGGCAGCUGCUGCCUUGGGAAAUCUUGUCUCAGACUUAGCUGGAUUGGGUCUUGCAGGCUACGUUGAAGCUAUGGCUUCCAGAUUGGGCCUUUCAAUUCCUGAUCUCACUCCCAAACAAGCUGACAUGUGGCAAACACGUCUUAGUGCACACUUGGGUAAAGCUAUUGGAGUGACCAUUGGCUGCCUUUUAGGAAUGUUUCCGUUGUUCUUCCUUGGAGAUGAAGAAGACAAAAAACUGGAAGGAAAAAAAUAACCUUUUUACAAUGCUUAUCUACACAUAUAUAAACUAAUGUACCUCAGAUAUACAACUAUGCUGUCAAAGUAUAUAGGAAUUUAGAGACAGUAACAAGCAGCAUGCUAUUUUACAGAAACACUUAACUUAUUGUGGCUUUUGUCUUAGUACAUCUUUUUAUAAGGAGUUUUCCUUUUUUUAAAAGUAAAUUGUUGACAUGUGAUUUCACUUAACACUGAUGGUUGACUUUGACCAUGUCUCCCUCCCUCCCUCCCUCUUCCUUGGUUUCUUUCACCGGGAUUGUUACUUUAAUUACCUGUCAUUGAUGCAGUGUAUAGCUUUUGGUUUUGCAUUUUUCUAAGUCUUUGGAAAUGCAUGGCACAAAUUGCCCUGGAUAUUCAUGGAAUCCUCCACUCCAGACUUCAGUGUAGUUAGGUGACAGGGGCCCUAAGAAAUACCAUGCUGUAGCUUUUUUGCUUUUAUUUACGGUAUCUUGUGGCAAUAAUUGUAUACAGGUGCCUGAAACAAAGCCUGUUAGAACAGGUGUUUACUUGAAAGGAGUGAUGGAGAGGUAUUUGCUGUAUAGUGAGGCCAAGAUACAGACCCAUUUAUGGUCAGUUUUUUUCCCCAGACAAUGCUCAGAGCGAGUCCCUAAGUUAUCCAGGUGGCAGCUUAGAUCCAAGCAACCCUACAAGUUGGUAUCUCCAAUAAUAGCUAACUUGCAACACAACAGACUUGGAAAGCAUUUAAAACAUCUUGCCUCUGCAGCAAGUAGUGGCAGUCUUCAUUCUCAGAUUUCCAUUGUCAGAUAUUCUCACCCGUUGUGCGCAUGACUUGUUUUGCCACAGUAUUUUUGAAAAUCAGGCUUAGUCUCACUUGGCACAUGAACUUCCAACCCUAUUUAGCUUUCUGGAAAAAAAAACACUAAUCAGCCCAAGCUUCAUUCCUGAUUUCAAGGCAUUAGGGAAACAGGGUAAAGGUUCUGUUGGAUGCAGAAGAGGAUGUGGCUGGUUUGAGGCCGUGUACAAGAACAGAAACACAGUGUGAAGGGGAGGCAGUGCUCAAAGAUGAGAGUAGAGGAAUGUUUAGCAGAAGAAUAAAGUAAAGUAUUAAGCCUUGGAAAGAUACAGCUGUCCCCCAAAAUGCGCUGACUUUUGUGUAAAACAAAUCUCUGCCACUGUUGCAUGUGUUCUGCUUUAGCAAUUCAGAAGUAAUGAUAUUUGUGUCCUUGUCUGUGAAUGUUAAUGGGGGAGAAUGGUAAUCUAUUUGGCACUGUCUGGACGAGUGAUUAUUAUGUGCAGACUUCAAUUUACAGAAAUAAACUUGUUUACUUUUCAUUUAAUAGGGUUUCUUUUCAUUUUGCCAUGUUAUGCUUGUAGUUACUGUGCAGCAUUCAAAAGAAUCCUUACAAUUGAAACUUAGUAAAGAGCAUUAUGUCUCCUUGAUUAUGUGGGUAUAUUCUAAGCAUUUUGUUUUUAUUAAAUAAAGAGGACCAUUUGUUCAUC